AUGUUUAAUAAUAAUGAAGAAGAAGAAGACAAUUAUAGAAGACGUAGGGGAAGCGUAAAUUCAUCAGACAGUGAUUUAGAAAACGGUACGAACGAAGGUAUGAAUAAUUUUAAUAAUUAUAGUAAUUUUAAUCGGUAUCAUGAACAGAACAUAAAUUCAUGUGAAAUCGAUGAGAUUUGUGUUGAUGAUAGUAAUGAUGAUAGUAGUAGUAAAUAUAAUGAUAGAGACAAUAUAGAUAAUAACUUUGAGAUUAAUACAAAUAUAGAUUUUGAUGGUAUGUAUAAUUAUAAGAAUUUAAGACCAGUAAAUGAAAAUGAAAUAGAAUUAGUUGUUGAUAAUUUCUUUGAAAAAAUAAGAAAUAAUGAAGAAGUAUAUUCUGAAUGGAAAAUAUGUCCAAAUUUUAUAUUUAGAAUAUUAUUUAUAGCUAAAUCAAGAGCUAAUAAUUUUAUAUAUCCAGUUGCUUCUUCUUUUAUAGAAACGAUUCCAAAAGAUGAUUGGGUUAGUGAUUGGGGUUUUAGUAAUGUUCAAUAUUAUAUUAUAUUAAUAAAUAUUGCUGAUUAUAGGAAAUCAUAUUAUAAAAUUGAUCAUUUUAAUUUUAAUCAUUUAAAUACUGAUAGAGGAUGGCAUAAUUUUGUUCCUUUCGAAAAAUUAAGAGAACCAGGUUUUAUAAGUGAAAAUGGAGAAAUCAUUUUAAGAGCUGGUGUUUUUCCAUUUGGUUCAGAAUCUUAUAAAAAUAGUAGAGAUAUUAAUUAUGAUAGUAAAAUGAGAACAGGUUUUGUUGGAUUAAAGAAUCAUGGAGCUACAUGUUAUAUGAAUGCUUUACUUCAACUUUUAUAUCAUAUCAAUAUUUUUAGGAAAGCUGUAUGUAUGAUGAUAUUUAAUAUAGAAAAUAUUAUAGGGAAAAAAACUUUAAAAUUUUUCAAGAAUAAAUUUCAUAAGAAAAAAAGAAAAUAUAAAAAGAAGCACCACAGGUUUAGCAAACAUAUUUUACCUUUAAAUAAUAACCCGCAUUAUCAUCAUGACAACAAUUAUGAUAAUAAUAAUAAUAAUAAUAAUAUUAGUAAUAAUAAUAAUAAUAUUAGUAAUAUAUUAUUUCAAAAUGUCAGAGGAUAUGAGAGUGACAAUUGUAUGGGAUUAGAAAAUAAUCAAGAUGCACAAUAUUUAAAAAAAGAAACAAAAAAACAAAAUGUUGAAAUGAAUGAUCAAAUGGAUGAACAAAAAGAAGAUGAUAAUAUCCAUAUAUCAAAUAAAACAUCUAAUAAACUAAAUCCUGUUUCUUAUAAUACAAGAGAAAAAAUAAAAAAUAUUAAAUCUGAUUAUGAUGUAGCUAUUCAUAAUAAUAAUAAUACAAAUAAAUAUUCUUCUAAAGAUAUAUUAUUAUCACCUUCUUCAAUACCUAUAUAUUCAAAUCAUGAUAACAUUGUUGAGGAAAAACAAAAAGAGGGAUCUCUCAUAUUACCUAAUGGCUCAUGUCAUAAAUUAAAUAAUGUGGCAAUAAAGGAUAUACCCUAUGAAGGCACAUCAAAUGAAAAGAAUACAACCAACAAUAAUAAUAAUUAUAAUAAUAAUAAUAAUAAUAGAAAUAAUAAUAGAAGUAAUAAUAGAAGUAAUAAUAGAAAUAAUAAUAGAAAUAAUAAUAGAAGUAAUAACAGAAAUAAUAACAGAAAUAAUAAUAGAAAUAAUAAUAGUAGUAAGAGUCCCUUAUUAUUAAGGGAUGAAUCUUUUUCAAAGGAACAAAAUAAUACUACAAAUAGUUUAAUAGACAGCGAUACUAAUAACAACGAAAAAAAUAACAAAUAUAAUCACAAAUAUAAUAAUAAUAAUAAUAAUAAUAUGUGUGAUAAUAAUAAUUAUCAGUAUGAAAUAAAAAAUUAUAAGAAACAUACAUAUUCAAAUGUUUCCUCAUCAGAUCCAUCUAUCGAAAAUACAAGAAUUAAUGAUAAGGGAAAUGAUAAUGCCAAUUUCACUUGUCAUACCAAUAAUUCAAAUACUAACGAAGUAUCCAAACAUGGGAAAAAAAGCAAAAAGAAAAGUCUACAUGAUGCUAAAAAGAAUUUAAAAAAAAAAAAGAAAAUUAUUAAAUAUGCAAAUAAUGAAAGAAAAUAUGAAAAUAAUGCAGAAAAUAUUGAAAAUUUUGAAAGUGCAGAUAAUGCAGAGAGUAUGGAAAAUGGGAUAUCGCAAGUAUCCUCUUCUGACAACUUUUCUAAUAUAUCCAACAUUUCUCGAAAAAAAAAAAAAAAAUAUUCAUCUAAUAGUAAAUCAAAUCUCUUAAUAAAUAAUAAAAAAAUGAAGAAUCAUGCUUCAUUAAGUGCAUCUAAAAUUAAUAACCAUGAUGGUGAAUAUGAUAUGACAAGUGGACAUCCUAUUGGGAAUAUGAACAAUACUGAAAAUAUUAACAAUAUUGAUAGUAUGAAUAGCAUUAAUAAAAUUUAUGAGUUACACAGUGAUGAGCAACUCAUGAAAGAUAAUCGUGAUGUUGAUGGGGAUGAUUAUGGUGAUGGUCACACUAAUAAUCACGUUAAUAUUCAUGAUGAAGAAAAUUAUUAUGACACAAAUAUAAACAACAGAUACAAUUUUAAUUACUCAGACAGUGACUUAUCCGUCAUAUCAAUUACCUCUUCAGGUUCGUCAGCUUAUGUGUCGUGCUCAUCUUCUUCAUCAUCUUAUUAUUAUAAAAAGAAAAAAUCGAAUAAACAUGGCAAAUCAAAAGAAGUAGAUUAUAAAAAUAUUCUCCUAGAAGAAGAGAAUGAGAAGAAAAAUAUUCUUCCAACGUCUUUAGCGUUACAAAAUUUAUUUUAUAAAUUACAUACGGUAAAUGAAGCUGUUUCUUGUAAAGAAUUGAUACGAUCAUUUGGCUGGGAUGCGAGUGAUGUAUUUACUCAACAAGAUACACACGAGUUAUUAAAAUUAUUGUUAGAUAAGGUUGAAGAACAGAUGAAAGGUACGGUAGUUGAAGGUUCAGUAAAAAAGAUGUUUGAAGGUGAAGUGGAAACAUAUAUUGAAUGUUUAGAUAUAGAUUAUAAAAGUAUAAGAAAAGAAACAUAUGAAGAUAUCCAAUUAGAUGUUCAAGGAUGUAAUAAUAUAUACGAAUCAUUAGAUAAAGCUAUUGAAGCUGAAAUUUUAGAAGGAGAUAAUAUUUAUGAAACGGAUGGUUAUGGUAAACAGAAAGCUAAAAAAGGAAUGCGAUUCUUAAGCUUUCCUAAUAUAUGUAUAUUUUUAUUAAAACGAUUUACAUUUGAUUUACAAAGAAUGGAAACAGUAAAAUUAAAUAAUCGUUUCGAAUUUUAUAAAGAAUUAGAUUUAUCAAAAUACUGUAAUAAAAGUGGAAGUCAAUAUGUACUACAAGCAGUUUCGGUUCAUCAAGGAAACAUGAACAGUGGUCAUUAUUAUUCAUUUAGUUAUAAGCAUAAUGAAAAUUUCUGGCUAAAAUGUGAUGAUGAUAAAAUUUUUAGAGUCAGUGAAUAUUCUGUUAUUAAUGAUAAUUUUGGUGGCUAUGAUUUAAAUUUAGAUAACGAUUUAUACGAUUUCGAUAUAUCGGAUAAAAUAAAACAAAGGCUAAAAAAUUAUAGUGCAUAUAUGUUAGUAUAUGUUAAAAAGUCCUUAAUACCAAAACUAAUUAAAGAAUGUGAUCCAGCUGUUGUAAAUCCUCAAGUUGUUAAAAGAUGUAGACUAGAAGAAAUCAUUAAUAAAAAAAGAUAUAAACUUAAAGAUGAAAUUCUUGAAUAUGUUAAAAUAAGAGUUUUUGAUAAAUAUUCCUAUGUUCAUAAAUCUUUUCACGACCUUCCACCAUAUGGUAUCCCAUCAUUAUUCAAUAUCAAAUUUGAUCGUAGUAAAACGGUCAUUGAAGCAUUUUAUAAAAUAUUAAAAAUUAUUAAGAGGAUAUAUGCUAGGAAGAGCGAUAAACACAAAGCUAGGAUGUUAAAAAGAAUUAAUAAAAAUAAUAUUCAUAAGUCUAUAACCAAUGUGAAAGUAGCACACGAUGACGAUGUUAAGAAAAAUGAACCAACACAUGAUAAAAUAAAAACAUGUGAAAAGGAUAUAUCUAAUGAUGCUUCAAAUAAAAAAUCUCCCACCAAUAAUAAUAAAAAUAAUACUAGUAGUAGUAUUAGUAUUAGUAGUAACAAAAUGGAUACAAUGAGAAAUACGCGCCAUAGUUGUUAUGAUAUAAAUUCACAUGAGAAGAAAGAAGAAUCAGAAGAGAAUGAAGAAAAUGCAGAUAAUAAUAAAGAUGAAAGAAUUAUAUCCAAUGUUGGGGAAAAGAAAAAUCGAAAUAUUAAUUAUAAUAAUAAUAAUAAUAAUAAUAAUAAUAAUAAUAUGAAUGUUGACAAAAUACAUGAUCGUUAUAAAGAAACAUAUUCUAAACAUAUGAAAGAAAAAAGUAAAGAUGAAAAAGAUAUAUAUAAUAAUGUUCUAAUAAAAAAUGAAAGUAAUCAUGAUAAUAAAGAAAUAAUAAAUUGUAAUAAUCAUAGUAACAUAAUAGAUAACGAAAGUAAUCAUAGUGAUUAUUAUGAUAGUGAAUAUUAUGAUAGUGAUACGUCAUCUAUUAGUUUCUCAUCCUCAUAUACUUCAUCGGGUGAUUCUUCAUCUUCUAUAUCAUCUGUACCUUCAUGUUGUACUGUAAAAUCAUUAGAUAAAUAUAUAAAACAUAUAACAAAAAACAAAUUGACAAAUAUUAAAGCCGAACCACAUGUGAUAAAUGAUAAUACAUCACCAACUAAUAAUGUCCAACCCACAAAUAACAAUACAUUGUAUUCAUAUGUGUCAUGUUCAUCAAAUUCUGACGGUGAUUCCUCUUCAUCAUCCUAUGAUCAUUUAAAAAAAAAGAAAUGUUUCUAUGUUUUGUUAUCAUCGAAUGAUAUACAUCGUUAUUAUCCUUUAGAUAUGAAAAUGCAUAGUAAUAUAUAUUUAUAUGAUUUGUUUAAAAAGACAAAUAAAGAAUCGAAUGAUUUAUUUCCUACAAUAGAUGUAUUGUAUUUGCCUUAUAAUAAAAGGACGAUGAUAUCAUCAAAAAAUUAUAACAACAUUGAUAAUAAUAAUGAUAAUAUUAAUAAUAAAGAUAAUAUUAAUGAUAAUAUUAAUAAUAAUAAUAAUAAUAAUAAUAAUAAUAUCAAUAAUAAUAAUAAUAAUAAUAAUAAUAAUUAUAGAACCAAAACCGCGCUUUUUAUAUUCAAAUAUUUUGAUAUUUAUGCAGAAGAGAAAAUCAAUGAUUCAUCUCUCAUAUGCUUAGACUUUAUACAUUGCGAUAUACAUCUAAAACCUAAACAAUUAGAACUCAGAUUAAUUCAGAAGAUUUUAAAAGCUAUGGAAAAAGGAUAUAUCACUAAAUAUAAUUAUGAUUUAUUAAAAAAUUAUAUUAAUAAUGAAUAUUUUUAUUCAGAUGAUCCCUUAAAUUUUAAGAUAUUUGUAGAAUAUAAAAAUAAAUGUAAUUUAAUCAAAAAUAAAAAAAUUAUAGCACAUAAUAAAAUAUCACCUGGUGAUAUUUUGAUUUUUAAUUUCUUAAGUAAUAUGAAUUUAGAAAAAAAAAAAAAUUUUAUGCAAAGAUUAGGUAUGAGAAAAGAAGAUUUAUAUAUAGAAGAUGAAAAUUAUCCAUCAUAUAAUAUAGAUGCUAAUUCUAAUACUUUAUCUAAGGUUCUUUAUAAAAAAUUCAAACUCAUACAAAAAAUAUAUAAUUCUUGUUAUAUAAUUAAUAAUAAAAAUGGUAUAUAUUACAAAAUAUUAUUCGAUACAGAUAAAAAUGAUAAUAACAAAAAAAACAUCCAUAGUAAUAAAUAUAUUAUUUCUAGUAAUAAUGACAACAAUGUUUACACAACAAAUAUGGAUAAGGAAAAAAAUAUAAAUACGCAUCAUAUAAAAAAUGAAAACGAUACACAAACUAAAAAUUUAUAUAAUCAAAAAAAUAAAACGAACCACAACGAAUUAUUAAAUGAUAACUAUUUUGAACGUUUUAAUGAUAAUCACAAGCAGGAAGAAAAGAAUAAAACUAAUAUGUAUUUAAAUCAAAAUGCAUGUACAUCUAAAAAUGAAAAAGAUGUGUAUAUUUAUAAUGAUGAUCAAGAUUAUACAAGAGAUGCCAACUAUUUUAAUUUUAUACCUUCAUGUGAAAGGGUUGCUAAAAUGAAUUCAGGGAAAAAUCAAAAUAGAAACAUUAUUAAUACGUAUGAUAAAGGUGAUAGGCAUAAUAAAAAUGAAAUACAUGAUCAAAAUGAUGUAUAUGAUAAUAAAAAAAAUGAAGAUUCAGAUAGUGUUAUACUUUGUAAUGAAGACGAAAAUAUAUCAUCUUCAGUAUCAUAUAAACUACAUGACAGAUAUAUCAUGGACAAAAGUAAUAAUAAUAAUAAUAAUAAAAAUAAAAAUAAUAUAUAUCAACAUAAUGAUAUACCAAGUAACAUGAAUUUUAAUAUAUUUAAUAUAAAUAAAGAUAAUUUAUGUUAUGAAGAAGUUAUGAAAUUAUAUCAGUAUUUAAAAAAUUACGGUUCACAAUUAGAAAGAAAUAAUAUUACAUUUACAUAUACCUUAUUAAAUGAAAACAUGUUACAAGAAAUAAAGGAAAGUUCUUUUUAUAAUCAAAAAAAAAAAGAACAAAUUUUAAAAAAAAAUAAAAAUAUCCAGAUAUUAAAUGAUGAAGGAAUAAAUAUAUGUAGAGACUAUCAAUAUCCUUUUUAUAGUCCUCCCACAUCUGAUGUAUGUACCGACGAAGAUAAUAACAAUAAUAACAAUAAUAACAAUAAUAACAACAAUAAUAAUGACAAUACUUGUAGUAGUAGUUGUAGUAAUGUACACUUUAGAAGAAAACAGAAAAGAAAGAAACAAACAAAUCUUGACAACCCAAACGAAAUUUAUAAUAAUAAAGAUAAUAAACAAAUAAAUCAACAUAGAAAUCAAAAGGAUAUUAUAAAAACUCAGAAUUGUAUUUCUCCAUAUAAUAAUAAUUAUUACAUUAAAGAAAAUGAUAAUAAUAAUAAUAAUAAUAAUGAUAAUUUACGAAUUAGUCAAGGUAGUAAGAAAAAAAUUGUAGAUAUAAAAAAAGUUAGUAGUAUCAAUAAUAUAUCCACAUCUAAUAAUUUAAAUUCAUCAAAUGAACAUAAUAUAUAUAAUGAAAUUAUGGUGAAAUGUGAUUCUGAUAUAUCCAUGUGUUCAUCUGCCAACUCUUGUUUGACUUAUACAUCAGAAAGUACAGAUUUCUAUUUAUAUCCAGCAGAGGAACUUGUGGAAUUUGAGUACGCACAAGAAAUAUUUGAUCAUAAAAAGAAAAAAAUCAAAAAGAAAAAAUUAAAGAAGACGAAGAAAAAAAAAAAAAAUCAAAAUAUAAAAAAUCAAGAAUCAUCUAUACUAUCCAAUUCAAAUGAUGAACAAGAUGAUGAUAAGAAAUUGAGACAUUCAAAAAUUUUAAGUGUACAUAAAAAUAGUAUGACAAAUCUUGACGAUGAUAAAAGAAAUGGAAACAAUAAUGAUGAACUCAUAAAUGAUUUAUUCGAUGCGGAAAAAGAAAAAUAUAUAUCCAAGGAUGCCACAUCAAAUAGUUUUAAUAAAAAUAAAGAAAGAGAUAAUAAUGUACGUAGAUUAUCAAAUGUUCAUGUUGAAAAUAUGGGAGAUACAUAUGAUAUAACAAAGGGAGAUUUAAAAAAAAGAACACGUGAUAUAGAGAAAGGUAUGGGUACUAAUGUAAAUAAUAAUGUAAAUAACAAUGUAAAUAACAAUGUAAAUAACAAUGUAAAUAACAAUGUGGAUAAUAUGUCUUCUAUAUAUGAAGAAAACACUACAAAGGCACAAAUAUUGAUAAAAGAUGAAUUUUUAUAUACGAACAAAAAUAUGACGGACAGUAAGGAAGUUCCUAAAUCGCAAAUAAUUAAUGAGAAUAAUAUGAAUAAUACUGUGUUUUCUAAAGAGGGUUUAUUAAAUAAUGAAUUGUGUAAAAGGUCUUUAUAUGUGGAAGGUAUCAAUGAAAAGGAUAAAAAGAAUGAUAAUAAUAACAGUAACAAUGUUGUUAAUGAUAAGAUGGAGGAACAAGGAACUACCCAACUAAAGGAUAAUAAUAUUAAUGGUGGUGAUGAUGAUGAUGAUGAUAAUGAUAAUGAUAAUGAUGAUAAUGAUGAUAAUGAUGCUAAUAAUAAUGAUAAUAAUAAUGAUGAUGGUAUAAAAAGAACAAAUUCUCGAAGUCAUAGAAUUAUAAAAAAAUGUGGAGGGGUUCCACACAAAGAAGAACCGAUUUUGCCAUUUUAUGUCAUCUGUGACUAUGUAGAUUUUAUUGAGCGUAAAUAUUAUGUUAAUAAAAUACGGUUUAAAUUAUAUGAUCCAAUUUAUCAAUUAGGAAAAUAUAAAAAUUGUGCAGGAAUAUUAUUAAAAAAGAAUAUAAAGAAGAAUUUUCCUAAUUAUAUUGAUUCUCACUUUUUAUUUUUAAAAAGAGAAUUAUUAAAAAUUGAUUUAGAUAUAGAUAUAAGAUGUCCAACAAAACAAAUAUUAAAACAUGUAUGUUAUAAAUUAAAUAUAGAUCCUACUCAUAUAUUAAUAUAUUCAUUUCCCCCUUUAACAAGUCCUGUUAAUUAUUCUUCAUAUAAUAUAGAUUCUUUUACAUAUAAAACAGAUCAUACAGAUUAUUCUAAUUAUCAAAAACAUAAUAAUGUGGUACAAUAUGGACAAGCACCAUUUGAUGCUUUAUUAAAACAACAUUCUAUGUUACUAGAACAUCAUCCAAUGACAGAAAAUAAAACCUUCUGUUUGUCUAUUUUACCAUUUCAUUAUAAAUAUACAUCCAGAUUAUAUCCUAUAGAAAGACCUAAAUAUUUUUAUUAUGUUAUACAUUUAUUCAAUGCACAUGUACAAUCAGUGGCUGCUUUCACUGGACAUAUUAAAAUUAAAAAAGAAAUAAAUGAUGAUAUGAAAACACAUGAAAAAUUGUAUGAACAAAAUGAACAAGAUUUAAAUAGCGAUUAUUCAUCAUCACUUUCUGAAAAUUCUAGUAGUACAAUUGUCAAUAAUGAAUAUAUUACAGAUAAUUAUACUACUGUACAAGACUUAAUUGAUAAAAUCAAAUUAGAAAUAAACCCAUACCUAAAAAAAAGAGGUAUAGAUAUAAAACAAAAAUUUAGGUUGCUAUAUUCGUUUGGACCACAAAUCAGGUAUCUACAUUCUGAUGAGUAUCUGGUAGAAAUUGAUUUUGUAAAAUCAAAUCCAAUCAAAAAUUCGUACGUUGCACCCAUAAGAAUGGAGCCUGACUUUUCGGACGAACAAAAGGAAAUGAUUAAACGGAACGAAUUGAAGGUAAUUCAUGUUUUUAAUCAAACCCCAUCAAAAGAAAUAUUCGGUUACAGUUUUGACGUCCUUGUGGAGCCAAAUGAUAAUAUGCAGGAUAUAAAGCAUAAAAUAAAGAAACGAACAUUACUUCCUAAAUAUAUAUUUGAUAAAAUUACAUUUUUCGAAUUUGAAAAUGGUCAAAGGAUAUGGAGAUCUAAUGAUGAUACCAUAAACUGGAGUAAUAAAGACUAUGCUAUUCUUAUAGGAGAACAUCAUGCACCAUCUCAAUCAAAAGCUCAAAUGGGAAUGAAAAUAGCAUAA